AUGUCGUCCCUGACGACCUCCAGUGAGGGGGAGAACUCCACUCCCAGGUUUGUUGUCGGUUCCAGGGAUGAUGAGACAGACUUUCUGGGAUCAAACAUGAAGACAGACGAAACUGAUUUCUUUGAAGAUGAUGAAGAGGAGGAGUCGCCACCUGAACGGCAGAUUGUGGUUGGAAUCUGUGCCAUGACCAAAAAGUCCAAGUCAAAGCCCAUGACACAGAUUCUGGAGCGUCUGUGCAAGUUUGAGUAUAUCACAGUGGUGAUUAUGGGGGAAGAUGUUAUUCUGAAUGAACCGGUGGAGAACUGGCCCUCGUGUGACUGCCUAAUAUCGUUCCACUCCAAAGGAUUCCCCCUGGAUAAAGCGGUUGCUUAUGCCAAGCUGUGCAAGCCAUUUCUGAUUAAUGACCUUGAUAUGCAGUAUUAUAUCCAGGACAGGCGUGAAGUGUAUCGGAUCCUUCAAGAAGAGGGAAUAGACUUGCCCCGCUAUGCUGUGCUCAAUCGAGACCCUGAUAAACCAGAAGAGUGCAACUUGGUGGAAGGAGAGGACCAUGUGGAGGUAAAUGGAGCUGUUUUCCCAAAGCCAUUUGUAGAGAAGCCAGUCAGUGCUGAAGAUCAUAAUGUGUAUAUUUACUACCCGACAUCAGCAGGUGGGGGCAGCCAGCGGCUCUUUCGGAAGAUCGGCAGCCGGAGUAGCGUGUACUCCCCAGAGAGCAGUGUGAGGAAGACAGGCUCCUACAUUUAUGAGGAGUUCAUGCCUACAGAUGGCACUGACGUAAAGGUGUACACUGUUGGGCCAGACUAUGCCCAUGCAGAGGCUCGCAAAUCCCCUGCUUUGGAUGGGAAGGUUGAACGGGACAGUGAAGGGAAAGAAAUCCGUUACCCAGUCAUGCUGACUGCCAUGGAGAAACUAGUUGCCCGGAAAGUCUGUGUAGCCUUUAAGCAAACAGUGUGUGGGUUCGACCUCUUGCGGGCAAACGGCCACUCUUUUGUUUGUGAUGUGAAUGGCUUCAGUUUUGUGAAGAACUCUAUGAAGUAUUACGAUGACUGUGCCAAAAUCCUUGGAAAUAUAAUCAUGCGGGAAUUGGCUCCCCAGUUUCAUAUUCCCUGGUCCAUCCCAACAGAGGCAGAAGACAUUCCCAUUGUCCCCACAACUUCAGGCACCAUGAUGGAGCUUCGUUGUGUUAUUGCAGUCAUCCGGCAUGGAGAUCGGACCCCAAAGCAGAAGAUGAAGAUGGAAGUGAAGCAUCCCCGGUUCUUUGAAUUAUUUGAGAAAUAUGAUGGCUACAAGACAGGGAAGUUGAAGCUGAAGAAACCAGAGCAGCUACAGGAAGUGCUGGACAUUGCACGGCAGCUUGUGGUGGACCUGGGAACCCACAGUGACUGUGAGAUUGAGGAGAGGAAAUCCAAACUGGAACAGCUGAAGAGGGAACAGCUGAAUAGCGUCUUGGAGAUGUAUGGACAUUUUUCUGGCAUUAACCGUAAGGUUCAGUUGACCUAUCUGCCUCAUGGACAUCCAAAAGCUGCAAGUGAAGAUGAAGAAGCUCGCCGAGAGUCUUCCCCAUCCCUUCUUCUGGUGCUUAAGUGGGGUGGAGAGCUGACACCAGCAGGAAGAGUCCAGGCAGAAGAGCUGGGGCGAGCCUUUCGCUGUAUGUACCCUGGAGGCCAAGGUGAUUAUGCUGGUUUCCCUGGAUGUGGCUUGCUCAGGCUGCACAGCACCUACCGUCAUGAUCUCAAGAUCUACGCCUCAGAUGAGGGACGAGUUCAGAUGACAGCAGCAGCUUUUGCAAAGGGUCUGCUGGCCCUGGAAGGAGAGCUGACCCCCAUCCUAGUGCAAAUGGUGAAAAGUGCCAAUAUGAACGGUCUCCUGGACAGUGACAGUGAUUCCCUUAGCAGCUGUCAACACAGAGUGAAGGCACGACUGCAUGAAAUCAUGCAGAAGGAUGCUGAGUUCUGUGAAGAGGAUUAUGAAAAGCUAGCACCUACAGGCAGUGCUUCUCUACUCAACUCCAUGACAUUUAUCCAGAACCCAGUAGAGGUCUGUAACCAGGUGUUCACCCUGAUUGAGAAUCUCACCUCCCAGAUACAGAAACGUCUGGAAGACCCAAAAUCUGCAGACCUGCAGCUGUACCACAGUGAGACUUUAGAACUGAUGCUGCAACGCUGGAGUAAGCUGGAGCGAGAUUUCCGCAUGAAGAAUGGGCGUUACGACAUCAGCAAGAUCCCCGAUAUCUAUGACUGCAUCAAGUAUGAUGUACAGCACAACUGUGCGCUGAAACUGGAAGGCACAGCUGAACUCUUCAAGCUCUCCAAGGCCCUGGCAGAUGUAAUCAUACCCCAGGAAUAUGGGAUUAAUAAGGAGGAGAAACUGGAGAUUGCUAUUGGCUUUUGUCUUCCUCUCAUUAAAAAGAUCCAGUUGGACCUACAGAGAACCCAUGAAGAUGAGUCUGUCAACAAACUACAUCCCUUGUACUCAAGAGGAGUUCUGUCACCAGGUCGCCACGUUCGGACACGGCUCUACUUCACCAGUGAGAGCCAUGUGCACUCUCUGCUCAGUAUCUUCCGCUAUGGGGGGCUCCUGGAUGAAAACAAAGACCAGCAGUGGAAGAGAGCCAUGGACUAUUUGAGUGCUAUCUCAGAGCUGAACUACAUGACCCAGAUUGUUAUCAUGCUCUACGAGGACAACAACAAGGACCCAUCUUCAGAAGAGCGUUUCCAUGUGGAGCUGCAUUUCAGCCCUGGCGUGAAAGGCUGUGAGGAAGACAGAAACGUGCCCACGGGGUUUGGCUUUCGGCCCGCUUCCGCGGAGAAUGAGGACAAGAAGGCAGACCAAGGCAGCCUGGAGGACCUCUCCAAAGAGAAGGGCAUUGAUGAGCCGGAUCGCGCACAGCAAAGGUCUCCGCAGCCUUCUGAGCCCGUCAGCGUUCAGCGAAGAUCACCACUGAUCAGGAACCGGAAGACAGGGUCCAUGGAGGUGCUAUCUGAAUCUUCUUCCAAAUCAGGAGGUUAUCGCCUCUUCAGCACUUACUCCAGACAGUCUUCUGAGAUGAAGCAAAGUGGCUUAGGGUCACAAUGCACCGGCCUGUUUAGCACCACUGUGCUGGGAGGCUCCUCCAGUGCCCCCAACCUCCAGGACUACGCACGCAGCCAUGGCAAAAAGUUUGCCAGCAGCCUGACAUACAAAGACGAUGCGUUUGAGCACCACCACGUUGCCCAGUUGCUGCGCCGUUUUUCCUCUGACUAUGCCAUGAGCCGGAACAUCUCCCUGGAUGCCACUCUAGCCCAUCACCUCCAGCAGUGCUCCUACCACCUGCGCCUCUUCAGGAGCUGGCUGACCUCAGGGCAGGAUGACUUGGAGUGUCUUUACGGUUUUGAAGGCUGUUCCAUGGUUCCCACCAUUUAUCCCCUGGAGACCCUGCACAACUCCCUCUCUUUGCGACAGGUCAACGAGUUCCUGACGGCUGUGUGCAGGAGUUGCAGCGAAUCGCAUGUCCAGUCUACUGCAGCUUUGUUUGAUUCAAUGAUUGGCAGCCAGAUACCAGGAGACCCCUUUAUGUCCCAGCGAAUCCUGUCAUCCUCCUCUUUGCCAUUGCGCCAGCGUUCAGAUAAGCCCCCUUGGUACAGCAGUGGCCCCUCCAGUACUGUCUCCAGUGCAGGCCCAUCCUCCCCAACCUCUGUGGACAACUGCGCUCGUUUCAGCUUCACUGAGAAGCUUUCCAUCAGUCCCCCAAAAAGUGAGGAGCAGCUGACUAGCCAGUCCCCUGAGCAAGGAGAGAGCCAGCUUCCAGGCAGAGGGCUUGACGUGGAGGUGGGGAUGUCUGGGUUGUCAGUGAUGGAGCCGAGUGCCCCAGAGACCCUGACCUGGAAUAAGGGCCCAGAGCCGGGCAGAGUCCUGGAGCUGUGCAAGAAGGAGCUGGUGGAGGAGGACUCUAGCCCAGAGGAGAAGAGCAUGGUGGAGCUGGAUGAAGAAGAAUCAGUUGGGGAAAUAUUAGAGCCCAGUAACACAGGAAACCCAAAGCAUGGUUCAGGGUCUGAUAUAAGGCUGCCUGGGGAGAGAGUGAAGCCAGGUGAGGGGUAUACAGGGGGAAUGACUGGCCUGGAUCAGUCAGGGCUGUCCAAGGAGAUCUUGGUGCCCUGUGAAGAGGAGCUGCUGGGAGAGGUGUUGGACCCAGAGCAUAUGGGCAAGGAGCCGCUGGGGGACGGUGCUCUGUCAGGCCAGCUUCUGUCUGAUCACCUGUGCCAGGUGCAGCCGUUGCCUCCUGAGAAAAGCGUGGAGGACCUGCAGCCGCUGUGUCGGGCGGAUCAGCAGAAUUAG